AUGUUGGUCAAAUGGGACAAAGUGGUUUUGCUAGCCACGGCUGCCUCCGCUGCCUCACAGUCGUUCUCAUUCCUGCCUCAUAAUCUGGAGAGAGACAAGCCAACUAUCGCCGAAGGACAGGACUAUGUCUUCAACGUGACGUUAUUCGACGAGAUAAUAGACGCUAUCGAUGUCAUGCAAGAAGCCUAUUUCCAGCCAUGGGUUGGCACAUGGCCGUCUGCUAUCGACUGGACGGCCGCUGUCUUAGGGACACACAUUGCCGGCACCCUCGAAACCCUACACCGAAGCCUCGAGAUAGCGGCCUCGAGGGGAAUCGAAAUCUCCGAGGGGUGGUCAGCAACAGAGAAUACAAUCUCUCUGUACUUCUCCCAGCUGAUCGGCUUCUACUUCGGCCAGAACAUCUUUGCCGUCCGGCAGGAAGCCUACGAUGAUAUGCUCUGGGUGGUAUUGGGCUGGCUCGAUACCGUCAAGUUCGUCGAUGGGUAUAGCAGCACCCCUAGUCGGCCUCCGUCUGGCUUUGGUGAAAUCAACGGCGUUGAGUUUCCAACGGAAACGUUGCGGAACCGCACCUGGCACGGAACACUCUGGACUCCAGCAUUUGCCCACCGAGCAAGGAUAUUCUGGGAACUGGCAGCCGUCGGCUGGGACACGACACUCUGCGGCGGAGGGCAACAAGAAGCAACAGCAGCCCGUCAUGUCUCCUCCCAACCCGGUGACCUCAAGAGACAAAAAUGGUACCCCCACGACCCCAAGUACCUUGUCGCCGCGCUGGACGCCUACAACUGGCUAAUCUCUUCCAACAUGACCAACGCCCUCGGCCUCUUCACCGACGGCUUCCACAUCUCGGGCUACUCCUCCGGCAGCAACAACACCGAGUGCGACGAGCGCGACGAGAUGCUGUACACGUAUAACCAAGGCGUCCUUCUCACGGGUCAGCGGAACCUGUUCAGCGCCGAGCCCAACCCGUCCUACAUGCGAGCCGGCCACACGCUGAUCCAAAACGUUAUCCGAGCAACCGGCUGGGACCUGGCACUGGACUCGCCGGUUGAUGACAUUGACAACCUGAACCUUGUUGAAGCAGGCGAACUCCCGCCCUGGCGCGGCUUGGGUAGAGCCGGCAUUCUGGAAGAAGUCUGUGAUGCAAAGGGCGAGUGCUCGCAGGAUGGGCAGACGUUCAAGGGGAUUUGGAUGCACCAUUUUACUGCGUUCUGUUCGCCCAUCGUUCCACCAUCACCAGAUCAACCAACUUUAAAUUUGCCAAAAAGGACGACGACAGCACGACCGCCUGUUCGUCCGGAGUUCUGGAAAAGCAUAGCAAAAGAACACCACGCCGCUUGCCAACGAUAUCUCGGCUGGUUGAAGCACAAUGCGCACGCAGCGGCGCGUACCAGGGACAGCGAAGGCAAGUUCGGCAUGUGGUGGACAGCCGGAUUGUUGAACAAUGUGAAAACGUCCGAGCUUCGUUUUGGGCCGGAUUUAUUGGCUCCUAUGGAGGGAGUCGUUGAUUAUCGGAAUCAGGGGGUUCCGCAGACUUCUGGGUGGGUUACGGACGAAGAGUUGCUGUCUGGCGGGGCCGAAGAAGAGUCAGCAAUGGUUUAUGAUGACCAGAGUAACAAGGCGCAGCAUCCGAUGACUGGAAGGCGCCGGUCGAGAAAGAGCACGAAGAAGAUGGACCACAAGAUGGAUGAGCGUGGCAGCCAGGAAGCAGUGGAUGAUGAUCCGAAUACACGCGGUAGAGGCAGGACCGUGGAAACGCAAAGCGGAGGGUUGGCGGUGUUGAGAGCGUUGUGGGAGCUUUCUGUACAGGUCGAGUAA